AUGCUCCCCACCUCGACCGGCUCCCUCCACACCUCCUCCGCUGGUCCACGCUUCCGUCUCCCCUCCACGCUCACCAAGUCGUCCUCGUCCUCGUCCUCGUCCUCGGCGGCCAACUCGACCCGUUCAUCCCUCCUUCACUCCGCCGGGACUGCACCUUCUUCCAGUCCUUCUUCCGCUUUGAACGAUAUGAAGAUCCUCUUGCGAAGAUUGUCGCGCUAUCCGCAGAUGGUCAGUCCGUCGACCUCGGUUGCGCGACCCUGAGCGCCGAGCGCCGAGCGCCGAGCGCCGAGCUGAUUCCACUUCCACCUCGACUGGGACCGGCCCUCCCCGAUCGAUCAGGACUUUGAAAUGGCGGGAUGGACAUUACUACAUGUUUGCAUAGCACCACGGAGGGUGUGAGUACGGCCCACCGAGAAAGAGAUGACGUAGCAACCCUCUCAUCCCCCGAUCUCGCUAUGUACCAUCUUGCAGCUAUCGCAACGUGUACUAUCACAAGCGUACGUACGGCAUCGCCUUCCUUCCAUCGCAUCAGCUUCUAACGUUCCCGUGGCCCUCCACAGAGACCAAGAAUACCUGGGCGCGUGACGACCCCGCCGUACCUCUCCUCAUCUCGGCCUGUCUCUUCCUCGCCGCGAUCCUAUGGUCCGUGCUCUACGCCCGCUACGACUUCUUCACCACCCUGCGUACAAUAUUCUCCAUGGUCGCGAUCCAUUUCUUCCUCGUCGGGGUGGUGAUCAGCACAGUGUUGUGGUCAGUUGCGAGCAGUUGGGGCUGGGCAGGUCGUCCAGAAGAGAACUCAUCAAGAUCGUGUGUCACUUUCACAGGGCCGCCUCCAACAAGUUCCUCACGCAUACAUCCCAUACCCACGCAACGGACCAACACGUAGAAUGGUACGAGGACACUCACACUUCCAUCUCCAAAGUCCUGACACGUCUCUCUCUCUCUUCCACAGGCCCUACGCCUUCGACGUGCACGCCAACGCCUUCUUCCCCCUCUUCCUCCAACUCUACGUCGCGCAAUUGUUGCUUGCGCCUGUAGUGACACGGAGUAAUUGGGUUUGCCUCUGGGUCGGCAAUACGUUGUAUCUUUCUGCUGUCAGUAUUCCGAGUGAGAGGGACUGUGGUGCGGUCCGGUGUGCCUGACAAUCGUUCGCUUUGACCUGGACAGCUCACUCAAUAUGCCUAUGUGACAUGUGAGCAAAGAAUUGGUGAUAGUCUCACCUCUGAAUCGAUUGCUGACUCUCUGAAUGUGUUUCUCUCCUCCAGACCUCGGCUACAACGGUACGUCUCCUCCUUUCCUUCUCCACACCAACCCAAAGCCCUCACGAAAAAACUAACCCUUUGCCAAUCCCCACAGCCCUCCCCUUCCUCAUUCGUUCCGAACUCCUUCUCUUCCCCGUCGCCAUCUUCUUCGCCUUCUACGUCGUCUCCCUUUUAGGUUUCAACAUCGCCAAAACGGUCCUAGGCGCCAUGUUUGGGAAAGUGGUCGUCGUUGCUGCCGGGGCGGGAACGAUUCCGUAG